AUUAGCGACAUCGAUUUACCGUGUUUAAGUUAGUACAAAGCCAGUGGGAGGAAUUAAACAAAUUAAACGCGCUGCGCCCCUAUUGUUUGUCCUUCUUUUUAGUGUUUUACUCGAUUCGGAACCCGCAAUGCUUGACAACCUCGUGGAAUUCGCCAGUUACUGGUGGUUUCGAUACCUCAUGGUCACCGAGCUGUACAUGGUGGAAAAGUGGGAGCGGAUAACGAUACACGUCAUUUUCAUGGUACUCUUCUGUGUUUUCUGGUACUUCAACUACUCCGUGCUGCUCUCGCUCGCCGGAUUGAUUGGCCCUACAAGUGCCUCAAUGGCGGAUAUUAUUCCCGGAGUUCAAGGACAGGGCCUCAAGGUCACCUAAAAUACCAUUGAGAACAUGCCCAGCCCACCCGCGUGUACUGCUCUCCGUUCCAAUAUCCAAAAUAGCCGCGUAUCUGUACCUCGCCGCGAAGCUUUAUCUAAUCCGUACGCGUUUAUACACCGCAAUCAAUGAAUGGAACGUAGCUAUAGGCGACACAUGUCCAAAGAGGCGAUUUUAUCGCCGGCUGAUCCGAAUCUGAAGUGGACAACACCCGGCGACUGUCCAUCAAUAGCUGCCUCACCGUUUAAUGUAGUUAUCUAGCUGUAGUUACACGUUUAAAGUCAGUUAAUAAAUCUAACGCUUACAGAAUCGCACUGAGAAAAA